GCAGCAGCUGCAGAACGUUACUUUGGUGAGCUAACUUGCUUGCGGAAGAAUGGGGAAGUGUAUUGGAAGGGGUUCUACAUAAACGUGGCAGAGCUGAGGCCUAGGCCAGACAGCAAAGCUCUCUUCCAGAAGCUCAUGAACCAUCUGGGCAAAACAAACACAAUGGCUGUUAUCAAGCCAGACAUGGAUACAAUCAUGCUGAUGGUACCUGAUUGUUCUCUCACUUACCAGCUAGGCUUGACCAGGCCACAUCACUAUCCAGUAAUGCUUCACUGCAUUUUCCUGUCUCGGCAUUCAGUCAAGUUUAAGAGUCCACGCUAUGUGUACAAAAAUCUAUGCCAGAAGAGCUGUGCAGGCAGCCAGUACUGCAAAAUACGACUCCUGCCCUCCAAGUCCAUUGUCAGUGAACACUAGUGCCGGAUUAGUCCCGGGCACCAUUGGUCUGCUGUCUCCACCUCUCAGCGUAGCUGUCCACUCCAUGCCUGAUGCCUCACCUACUUUCAGGUCCUCUUCUCUGCGCAGGGAUAGUGAGCUGACUGUGUGGGCAGAGCUGCUUAGUCCAACUUGUGCAAGCCGACGACAGCCGUCAUCUAGUCAAGGCAUAGAAACUGGAGAACAUGUUGCUGUCCCAACAUUGGCCUUGAAUCUUCACAAACUCCAUCGCAGUCUUUCUACAGAUCUGUCAGCAAGGGAACAGCCCCUGUCUCCCAGUUUCAUGCUGUCAGGGUAUGAUGAAGGAUUCUUGACAUCCAUACCACCAGCAGCCUGUGUUGAUUAUAACCGCUUGAAAGAGGCAUUCGCCACACAGCGACAGAUCCAAGAUGGCAUAAUUGGAAACAGUUCCCCUGCUUCUAGUAGGCUGGAACAUCCUAAGUGCUUUGGUAUGUUGUCUGCAUCACCAUUGUCAAUCUCAAGAGACUCUCAUCGAGAUUUGGAACAGGAUGACACAAUAACGUCCUCAACUAGCCAUGACCAACAGGGUAUGGCCCCUCCAAAGACCAGGACGUUCUCCACAACUGCCCCAGCAUCCCCAGCACCAUCACCAGAAAAGUCAGUAGAUUCAGACACCAUUGACAUGGUCAGCAGAGGGCCAUCCCUACUGACCAGCACACUGUACACGAAGGAAUCCUUUGCCAAAGCAAAAUCCAUCUAUGCUUUGCCACCAGACAUUCCAGAAUACAAACCAACACCUGUGGCACCACUUUAUGAACCAUCCCCAAAACGCCCCAAACUGGAGGAAAGUCCCUUUCCUAGUCCUCUUCAAGAUAGAAUCCCCAGCCGUAGGUUAAGCGCUUCCUCAGACAAAUUACUGACUUUGAAGUCACCAUCCUACCAUCCUGCAAGUUUUUCAUUUUCGCGCUCUGUCAGAGAUCUCCCUCUCCCAGUGUCACCUGCAGAUUCAUCCACGGACAAGCUUCGGCCAACAGGAUCCAGUUCUGCUGAUAUUGACACAGCAGAUGACAUGAAAAACUUCCUUAAUUCGGUUUUAGAAAGAAAACCUUCCAUCAGGCCUCCCUUACCUCCUAAAAGAUCAGGUAUUGUUAAACACUGCAGGCCAUCAUUAUUAGUACUGUUUUCAUUAUUCACUUUUGUUUCCCUCACCAAUUUAUCAAGCAUGUUUCAUUAUCACAACACAGAACAUGCAUUAUUAUGCAUUUAAUAGCUGUUAUGUACAAUGAGAUAGUUCAUUUUGUGAGAAGGAAAGAAAUAUGUUAACAUUUUUUUUCAAUCACCAUUUUUAUGCAUGUCUUUUAAAUUCAUGCAUUCAAUAUUGUCUGUGAGAUUUUUAUUAUAUGAGAUUUAUAAUUAUUUUUUAAAUGGUCUUGGCAAAGUUUGUGAAAUAAUAAGAUUGAAAAUAUCAUUGAUCCAUAGUUUAUAUUAUAAACUUCAGUUCAGCUCUGUUAAUAUAACAGAAAAAAAGGGAAAUGGGGGCUGAUGUACUUCUUACACCUUAAAUACAUAAAUGUGACAUGAUGGAGAACCAAAACACUGUCGCUUAAUUUAUAAUGCAUGCAAGUGUUUAAAAGUGCAAAAAUUUUAAGAGCACCCUUUAAAAAUGUCUAAAUUAGAGAGCUUAUAUAAAUUAGUUUCACCCUAUUGGCAAUAGAAAACAUUUAAUUUUCUGGUGAGUUGUAUGUUGCCAGUAUAUGUUGACCAUUUCUCAGGCUCUUGUUUUCUUCAGCACAUCAAAUACUUAAAAGAUUGUUUUGUUUAACACCCUACACAGAAGCAGCAAAGUCAAUUCUGCUAAGCAAGUAAUAUUUUUUAAGUAUAAUGUAUUUUAUUUUCAUUUUAUGUAACGCAGAGCACUUUUGAUUCCACUCACUGCAUGCUGAUGGAAGUCUCCAUAUUUUGGUUUUACAUUUGUUGUUCAGUUUGGAUUUGUUCUUGCUCAAAUUUUUUUCCUAGUCAACAUCAAAUUGUAAAAGAAAAUGGUGCAUUAUCAUUUUAUUUGGAAUAAUAAAAUAUAGUAAGAAAGUAUUAAAUGCAAACACAAUAAGAUUAGUAACAUCUACUUCAGUAAAUUUGCAUUACAAUGAUUUAGUAAUAGAUCUACUUUAUAAUUAGAUGCAAACAAAGGACUUUGACAUUACAAAGUAAAGUUGCGGGGUAUCUUACAAGUUACUGGACAGCAAAAUCAAAGAAGUGCCCUUAUUUAGAACUUAUUUAAAAUGUAACAUUUCAUAAAAUUAAAACAAAAAAUAAUUAGAUUCUCUUACUUUGGAAUCAUUUGUCUGUGUGUGUUGUAGAAGUGAGCAUUCCAGUGACAUUCAAGUGUUGGUGGAUUAUGUUAGUGAUUCUGAGCAAAUCAUUGGAAAAGCACUAUAAAAAUGUUCAUUAUUAUUAUUGAGUGAUGUUCUUGCUAUUGUUAAUUGCCAAGUUUUGUCAGAUAAGACAACUAAAUAAAUAACAUGCCUGAUUAUUUUCUUGCAUGGUGUUUAAACUUCAACUUAAAAAAUGAGACUUAUUUUAUUUUUAAUGAUAUUGCUUAUUUGUCUAUAAACAGACUAUAUUUUAAAUGUUAUAAUAACUGGAUUUUUGUGGUAUUAAAUUAACUUUGUUUUUGUUUUUUUUUGUUUUUUUUUACAA